GAUCGAAGAGGAUUGGGCGCUUGGCUCUGCCCUCCCUGCUGGGGAACAGCGAUGAGUGCGCGAAAAAGCCGUCGGCGCGACAAGUAAGGUGAGAUGUAGUACACGGAUAAUAGCGUCCGAUCGCGCGUCCUGCUUGUCUCUCUUCGGUGCACACCGAGUGCUGCUGGCAGCGUUUAACGCCGCUGCAAACCCGUCCUGCGCCAAUCGCGCCGUGGUAAGAGAGAGCGAGAUGGCUGCAACGCAAAGGGCAGAGGCGCCACGUCGCGACUCGACAAUAGCGUCCCGCCCGUCUUCGACGCCGAAAAACCGGCGUCAAACAAGUUAAGAGAACGGCACCAUUUCCGGGCCGCGCUUGCUGGCCAGUCCUGCAGUCUCCAAUGCAGACGAGUCCCGCUUCAAAGUCUCCGCUGCGCUGCUUCGGCCUUGUCAACCAAGGCAGACGAAGCAAGGUCCCUCCUGUUUGGCGUGGCUCUCCUUCCCGGGCACCGGCUGCGCCGCUGAGCAGCGUAGGAGCGAACGCUCCUACGCUCAGCGUUGGCAGUGCCAACUUGGCAUAGCAGCGGCGAACAAGCACCGGCAUGGCAUGAUUCGUGCCAGUGAAUUCAUAGUGUUGGUUGGUGUAAACCGAGGGAAUGCACUUGUCUCCGAGAUCUGAAAAGCGAUGACAUCGGAUGUGUGGUCAGCGAGGUUCUUCUGCGUGUUUGGCAAACACUGUUUGCCGAGCGGGAAUCAGCCGCGUCGGUGUGGACACUGUCCACUGGACAGCAGGGCCUGAUCGAGCCACCGGCACCGGCAAGCACUGGCGAUUCCGGUGCUUGCCGCAUGCCCCUUGCGUGAAAUUACUCCCUGGUCGAUCCAUUCUGACGUUGCGUAACGAGGACUUACACAGCGACUUCCCUAGCUGCCUUGCUUUACGGUACCGUUUAAUCGAGUGUUUCUCGACUAUGUCGAUGCUGCUGCAAAGCCGUAUUCCUCACUUGAUGCCAUUGCCGCUUCUGUCGCUAGAGAACUGAGCGUGACAGGCUGCCAGCGUGUUCACUACAUGCACACGGUAGCAAGUGAUAUAUCGGAUCCGCUAACUAGCAUCAUAUCAUAUUGUAGUCUCGGAGCUGGCUCGUCAACCCGGC